CCUGGGCGGUCGUUGGCCACCUGGCGGAAGUGCAUACCGGAAGUGCCGUCGGUGGGUGUGUAAGUCGCGGUCGGGCUCUCUGAGGAGGCUGCCGCGGUGGUGAGUCCGUGGAUGUGGUAGAGCGGCGAGGGUGAUUGUGAGAACCCCACGCCUGGACCCCUGAAGUCAAAGCCAAGAGCCUGGGGCUGCACUGGUGUAUAUGAUCAACGAGAAGGCGGCAGUGGCCCUGGAAACAAACUCGUCUCUGCAAGAGUCAUUAGCAACUUGGGACCUCUGCCCAGGACUGAGACCUCAGGCGCUUCCUACCCUGGAGCUGCUGAGCUCAAGCAGUGUGGAGACAGAGCAGAGGUGAUGGAGCCUGAGGUACCAGGACCUGAUUCCAAACCAGAUGUGAUCUCUACGCUGGAGCAGUGGGAGGACCCAUGGACUGCGGAAAGAGACAUCCCAAGUCCUUGAGGAAUCGCCACACUGUCUUCCACAAUGGUUGAACUAAUUUACACUCCCACCAACAGUGUAAAAGUGUUCCUGUUUCUCCACAUCCUCUCCAGCAUCUGUUGUCUCCUGAUUUUUUAAUGAUCGCCAUUCUAACUGGCGUGAGAUGGUAUCUCAAUGUAGUUUUGAUUUGCAUCUCUCUGAUAACCAGUGACGAUGAGCAUUUUUUCAUAUGAUUGUUGGCCUCAUGUAUGUCUUCGUUUGUAAAGUGUCUGUUCAUAUCCUUUGCCCACUUUUGAAUGGGCUUGUUGGUUUUUUUCUUGUAAAUCUGUUUUAGUUCUUUGUAAAUUCUGGAUAUCAGCCUUUUGUCAGAUGGGUAAACUGCAAAAUUUUUUUCCCAUUCUGUUGGUUGCCGACUCACUCUAAUGACUGUUUCUUUUGCCGUACAGAAGCUGUGGAGUUUGAUUAGGUCCCAUUUGUCUAUUUUGGCUUUUGUUGCCAAUGAAAAGCAGAGAUUUAUUAAAAGUGAAAGUACACUCCACAGUAUUAGGAGCAGGUCCGAGCAUAGGGGCUCAAGAGCCCCGUUACAGAAUUUUCUGUGGUUUAAAUACCCUCUAGAGGUUUCCACUGGUUAUUUGGUAUAAGCCCUAUGUAUGUGAAGAGGAUGAAGUAAAAUUACAAAGUUAUUUACUCACUGUACCCCCUAUAUAAAUGGAGAGGAUAUUUCCUGAAGUUUCCAUUUGAUUUACUUCUAGGAAGUCCUUAGGUUGCCUGCCUCCAGACCCUAUUUCCCUGCCUCACCCUCAUCCCUCACCCUCAGGCCUCACAACACUUCCGAAACCUCUGCGUCUUGCCUUCCGCGCAUCCCCUCCUUCUCUCCCGUUCACCGCCACCCCAGUCCCACAAAGGCCCGUGUGGGAUUCCGCGGCCCUCGUGCAAACCAACAGCAACUACAAUUCCCAGCUGGCGCCGCGCCUGGGUACGCCUGAGCUCCCGGAGCACGCCGGGAGUUGUAGCCCUGGCGGGCGCGGGCCCCUGGAACACGCUGGGAACAGUGCUCCGGGUCGGCGGGCGAGCAAGCUGGCUCGUCGCUGCCGGCGCCUCCCGAAGGGUCCGCCGGCUGUGCUGGUGAGGCUCAGGUCCGAGGCUCCAGCAUCCUGUAUAUCACUGAGCACUGCUGCCCGAUGGCCAUCCCCAAGCACUCCCUGAGCCCAGCACCAUGGGAAGAGGACAGCUUCCUUCAAGUGAAGGUAGAGGAGGAAGAGGAAGCCAACCUCUCCCAGGACCAAGAAUCCAGCCAUGACCACAUCGCUCACCCUGAGGCUGCACGCCUGCGCUUCCGGCACUUCCGCUAUGAGGAGGCAUCCGGUCCAUAUGAGGCCCUGGCCCAGCUCCGACAGCUGUGCUGUCAGUGGCUGCGGCCCGAGGUGCGCUCCAAGGAGCAGAUACUGGAGCUGCUGGUGCUGGAGCAGUUCCUGGGUGUGCUGCCCCCCGAGAUCCAAGCCUGGGUAGGAGCCCAGAGCCCCAAGAACGGAGAAGCUGCUGCUGUGCUAGUGAAGGAUAUGACUCAGGUGCUGGACAAGAGAGGAUGGGAUCCUGAAGCCGAGCUCACAGAGGCAAGCUGCAAGCAGAGUGACCUGGGAGAGUCGGAGCCAUCAAAUGUGGUCACUGAGACCCUCAUGGGAGGUGUUUCCCUCAGACCCACCUUUGUCAAGGCCUGUGAACCCGAGGGCAGCUCAGAGAGAACGUCUGGACUGUCAGCAGAGAUCUGGACAAAGUCUUUCACCCAGCACAUCAAUUUCCAGAAAACUUCAGGGCCUUACAAGGAUGCCCCCACAGAACAGCCUGGCCGUGAACCUGGUGCCUUGAGGAACAGUUCUAGUGUGUGGCCAAACUUUACCUCCCAAGAGAAGGCUCCUUCAGAAGAGAAAUGUGAUCUGGUGGAUGCUUCUGGGACAGAGCCUGCACAUACAUACUCAGGGAAGAAGUCCUCCAAGUGUCACGAGUGUAGGAAAAUGUUCCAGAGUGCUUCGGCACUCGAGGCGCACCAGAAGACCCAUUCUCGGAAGACACCAUAUGCCUGCAUCGAGUGUGGGAAAGCCUUCAGCCGGAGCACACACCUCGCCCAGCACCAGGUUGUCCACACAGGGGCGAAGCCCCAUGAGUGUAAGGAAUGUGGGAAGGCCUUCAGCAGAGUCACCCACCUGACUCAGCACCAAAGGAUUCAUACUGGAGAGAAACCCUACAAGUGUGGGGAAUGUGGUAAAACCUUCAGCCGCAGCACUCACCUGACCCAGCACCAGCGGGUGCACACCGGGGAGCGGCCCUACGAGUGUGACGAGUGCGGGAAGGCCUUCAGCCAGAGCACGCACCUGACUCAGCACCAGCGCAUCCACACCGGGGAGAAGCCCUACAAGUGUGACGCGUGUGGGAGAGCCUUCAGCGACUGCUCAGCCCUGAUCCGACAUCUGAGAAUCCAUUCUGGAGAGAAGCCGUAUCAGUGUAAGGUUUGUCCAAAGGCCUUUGCACAGAGCUCCUCCCUCAUUGAGCACCAGAGGAUCCACACAGGGGAGAAGCCUUACAAGUGCAGCGACUGUGGAAAAGCCUUUAGCCGCAGCUCAGCCCUUAUGGUUCACCUGCGGAUCCACAUCACGGUACUGCAGUGACUGGAAGUGGCCCCUGGGGCCAUAGCACAGCCUUUUCUUGAGGCUCAACGUCUAAGAGAAAUGCUGAGUUCCUAAAGAGCAACAGACAGGGUGGGUGAUUGAUGAGUUGCAGAAAUGAGAGGUGCCUGAGGGCAGACUCUGGCGUCUAGGAACAACUCUGCAUUUAGGACCCCUGAUGAGCACAAAGCGAUUCAGGCCAGUUGGAGAAGCUUCCAGAAGGGCCCUGCCCUGCUACCCACUGUUUCCCACUCAAGGCUGUCCCAGAGAGAAGGCAGCUGAGCCAAGGAUUGAGAUUGGUUCUGAGGGCCAGGGCAGGUGGAACUCCAUUCCAGGAUGCUCUGGCCAGGCCGACUGUAGCUCGUGCUCAUGUGACUCUUCUUCCAUUGAGAUUGGUUCUGAGGGCCAGGGCAGGUGGAACUCCAUUCCAGGAUGCUCUGGCCAGGCCGACUGUAGCUCGUGCUCAUGUGACUCUUCUUCCUGCUUUUCUGCUGCUUAGCCCAGAAGGGACACCUGCCAUGCCCACCUCUGUGCCUUGGCACCUACUGUUUCCACUCCAGCCUAUUUUGUGCCUGACUGCAAGGCUGACUUGUGAGGCCACCUCUUCGUUGAUGCCCUCUCCACAGCCUCUGCCUCUCAUGGUUUCCUGUCUUCAUCAGUAGUGCUGCUUGACACCUGCCCAACCUGUUUCUCUCUCUCCUUUCCUUCCAUAUCCCACCAGUCACCAGCCCUGUCGGUUUAACCUAAAGCUCUUCUCUAAUUCGUCUCCAUUUCCACUACUGUCACCUUAUGUGAGCCCUCAUUGCCUCUUGCCUGGAUUAUAGCAGGAGUCUCCUUCCUGACCCCUUCUUGCCUUUAUUCUCUGCCCCUCUGUCACUCUCCAGGAGAGCCCUAUUACCCAAAUCUGAUUGUGUCGCUCCAUGGUGGAAAGUUCUCUAAUCCAUCACCUUCUACAGGAGAGCUUCCUGAACAGGGUGUAAGUCUGCUGAGAUAGGCCAUUCUGGGCCCUGAGCAACCUUUCCAAUUGUCCUCAUAUUCGUUUAUGAAUAUCGUCAUUUUUCUGUGUGCACAGCAACGUAAAAUGGCCUCAUCUCAUACCAUGGCUGCACCUUCCAUACACCAGCCCGUGGAACUACUCUGGUUCCCAAAGGAACCAUACAUUUUCCCCACCUAUGUGCCUUUGUACUUGUGCCUGGGACCCUCCUCUCCUUUUUUACCUAAGAUGUUUCCAGUGUCUCCCAAAGAAGCCUCCUGAUCUCCUGGAGCAGACUGCAGCUUGCCCUGUCUGCUUCCCGGGCACCUCCUAGUUACCUCUCUUACACCUCCUACCACGUUGUUUUACUUAUUUGCUCCGGGUAGAGCUUAUAGUAUGUUUUUUUUCCAAGGAUACUAUGAGCUCCUGAGAGCAGGGGUCAUGUCUUACUCAGAAUCUACAACGCACACAAGACUCGGUAGGCCUUGACUGAUGUCUCUUGCAUGAACGUGACUGGUGCCUUCCAGGAGGUACUCACCAUGCUCUGCCCCAUAUUGUCCUUACAUAUGUUUUCAUGGAUGUCUCCUCACCAGCUUGAACCCUGCAGAGUAAGAACAAUCUGACUUUCCUGGGGGGCCAGCACCCAGAUAAGCCUGGCAUGCUGUGGUCUCAAUAAAAUGUUACUGUA